AUGGCCGCCUCUGCAACUGUGGAAACUCCCGCGCUAACGGAAAUCGAAAUUCAAAAGCACUUGAAUGAAUUGGAGAAUGUGCCCAAUGAGGAGGAACUGGAGAAAAAACUGGAUAAGUGGAACAGAUUCGGUAUUAACAUAUCCAGUUGGAUGAAGUAUAUAUUUAAUAAGGAUAGUGAGGAGGAUUUCAAGGCUGAAUGGCUAAGCAUAGACGAAUACAAACGUCUGGCGGAGGAGAGCAUGCAGAACGCGUGGCGAGUAAUCCACGCGUCUAACUGGAAGCUCGAAAAGAGGGGGAGUCAAAAGGGGGACAUCGUGGAGUCCACGCAGACGGAGGGGUUCGGCAAAGUCUAUCGGUUCACUGGCCUAGUAGAUUGUCCAGCGAAAUUCCUGUACAGCGAAUUCAAAGACAACAUCUCAAGAUUGCCUGAAUGGAACCCGACUAUACUUAAGAGUGAAUUAAUUAAGGAAAUAGGCCCGGGCGUGGACCUCUCGUACCAAGUGACGGCCGGGGGAGGCCGGGGCAUAAUCUCGCCGCGCGACUUCGUCAUACUCCGGCGCAUGGCGGCGCUGAACAGCGACGGGAAGGUGACAGAGGACGAGCCCAGCUGCUAUAUUAGCAGCGGGGUCAGUGUCACUGUGCCCGGGUAUCCCCCGCACAGGGAUAUGGUUAGGGGGCACAAUAAAGUGGGAUGCUGGUGCCUUACGCCGAAGUGGGUUCAGACUCCGGCGGGUAAAGUCGAACAGACUGUCUUCCAGUGGCUCAUGUGCUGUGAUCUUAAAGGUAAAAUACCACAGUUCGUGCUAGACGCGGCGUUCGCAACAGUGAUGCUAGAGUACAUUGUACACGUAAGGAAGUUCGCGGCGAAUUCUAAAGCUAAGGGCUUGUUCUAA